CAUGUUUUUAUGCAAAGACUUAUUCCUAUUGGGUUAGUUAUUGCCUAAAAAUAUACGGGAAGCAUUGACUGAACUGAGCAACUUCUUUCGGCGGCUGACAUCAAAGGUGAUUACGGUAAGCGAUAUGAAGAAAUUGAGCAAGGAGAUUGCAAUUAUCCUCUGCAAGUUGGAGACUCUUUUUGUCCCUGGCUUAUUUGAUAGCAUAUCCAUUUGCCAUAUAAAGCUCGUGUCGGUGGUCCUGUCCAAUUUCGUUGGAUGUAUCCCUUUGAGAGAUUUCUAAAUCGUUUAAAACGGAUGGUAAAGAAUAAAACACAAGUUGAAGGUUCCAUAUGCAAUGCCUUCCUAGUACGCGAGGCAUCCUUUUUUUGCUCACAUUACUUUGAGCAACAUGUACUGACACGGACUAGGAAUGUGCCGAGGCAAGAUGAUGGAGGUCUAACAUUGAAUCGAUCUACCAAAAUUGCUGCUUUUAACCAUCCUGCUUGUUUACAAGGAAAAAGAAAAAGACGAUUCCUAAUUAUGGUGGAGAGAAAAGCGAUUCAUAAAUAUUUUCUGUUGAACAUUCCUGAAGUUGAACCUUUUAUUGGAAAAUUGGAAGAGAUUCUAAGGGCAGAAAAUCCACAAAUUACCAAUACACAAUUAGGCAUCACAAAACGAAGAGCUUGACAUUGCGCAUGGUCCAUUGAUUGAAGUUGACACUUACACUAUCUGCUUCGUAAAUGGAUAUCAUUUCCAUACUGAGAAUUAUGGUUCCACAAAAGAAACAUACAACAGAGGGUAUCCAUAGACGGUGGUGGACUCGAAUAUUAUGGAAAGAUUGAAGAAAUUUUGGAAAUAGAGUUACCAGCACUCCUAAUAAAACGAUGUGUUCUUUUUAAAUGUAAUUGGUAUGAUCCUACGAUAGGUAUGGGUACAAAAAAACAUGAUAGAUAUAACAUAGUAGAGAUCAACAAAAGGAAGCACCUCCGAACAUAUGAGCCGUUUAUUUUGGCAAUGCAAGCAUCGCAAGUAUUUUACAUCUCGUUUCCAAGUACAAAAAGAGACAAAGAUGAUUGGCUUGCAGUUUGUAAGGUUAAGCCACGCGGUUGGAUUGAAAUAAAAGAGGGAGAUAAAAAGAUGAUGAUUGAACAUGAAACUUAUCAAGACCUCACAGUACAGACAGGGGGCAUUGAAAUGGUUAGUAAUGCGGAAGAUUUCAAUCUGGCGGUUGUUGGUGGUGAC